UAUGAUCCGCAAAGAAGAUCAGUAUUUUAGCGUAAACAGAAUUCUGCUGCUCACUAUCGGCUUAUGGCCCUACCAACAAUCCAACUUCACCAGAUUUCAACAUAUUUUUAUCUCUGCUAUAUUCACAACGUUUAUUACAUUUCAGUUGACAGCAUUUUUAACACUAAGAUGUACUUCGGAACUCUUUAUGAAGGUUUUGUCUUACUUGUGUCACUUCACUAGUCCUGUAAUAAAAUAUAACGUUUUCUAUUUUAACAUCGAAGGUGUGAAGGAUUUAUUAAUACAGCUUCAGCACAUUCAUAACAAGCUAAAAAAUAAAAAUGAAAUUGCUAUCAUGAAAAAAUAUGACUGCACUGCAAAACAUUAUGCGGUUGCACUUACAAUACUUGGAGUUUGCGGCAUGUUUGCACUCGUUAUAGUGCAAUUUUCGUUAAAUAUGGCUGAUGUUGAUCUAUCGACGAAUAACUCUCGAUCAUAUCAAUUUCUGUUUACGAUGGAGUAUUUCAUCGAUCCAGAAAAGUAUUUUUAUUUUAUUCUGUUGCAUAUCAACGCAGCUAUGUGCAUUGCAGUGAUUGUAGAAAUAGCCGUUGGUUCAAUGAUGAUUGCAUAUAUUCAUCAUAUCUGUGGAAUGUUUAGAAUUGCUAGUUAUCGUAUCGAGAAUGCAAUAAAUAUCAACAUUCUACAAACUAUUACACUGAAAAAUAAAAUUUUGAUGAUUGAGAGCAUAAUUUGUGCCGUCGACAUUCACCGGCAAGCUAUGAAAUUGAACAGGCACUUUGUAUCAACAUUAGAGAUAAUGCUAUUUUGUUUAAUAAUAUGUUGUGUGAUUACUUUGAGCCUAAACUUGUUUCAAAUAGCAUCAUUUGUAGGUAAUAUGGAAAAAGUUUUAAUGCCAUUUUUAUGUUCGUUAGUAGCGAUCUUACAUAUGUUUUUAUCUAAUCUAAUGGGACAAAUUGUAAUUGACUACAAUAAUCACAUAUUCACUACUGCGUACAAUGUUCAGUGGUAUAAAACUCCUUUACAUAUACAGAGAAUGAUAUUAUUCUUGUUGCAAAGAGGAACUAAGGAAUUUAAAAUAAAUUUCGGUAGACUAUUUGAUGGAUCAAUGAUGAAUUUCGCUACGCUACUAAAGGCCUCAUUAUCUUAUUUCACUGUUAUACAUUCUACACGGUCAUGAAACAUAUACGAAUUUAGUAACGCGAUGGUAUAACA